GCUCGGGCCGCACAGCGCGUAUCGUAGUGCCUCGCGGACGUGCUGUCCACGCGUUGCCGCGUAGCACACAUCCAAGAGCAGCAACAGCGCAGCGCUGCUUGUUUUUACGAGCUAGCCCGCCGCCGCAGACAAAUCCAUUGAGAGCUUGUUUAAAUUAGGCUCAUCCUCAGCGCCGCAGCAAUUCUCAGCGCCGCAGCAGCGCAACCGGUUAAACAAGGCUUGCCGCAAUUCCAGGGGCGGCACUGGUUUAAGGGAAGGCGCUCAAUUCCAGCGGCGGCACUGGUUUAAGGGAAGGCGCGCGCCACAGCAUGUCUAGCAAAGCGAAGCGCCAGCGCGGCAAGGCGGCGGCCAAGGCGCCGGCCAAGAAGCGGGCGCGCGACGAGGACAAGUCCGACAAGUUCGCCGAGUCCGUGCUCGCGUCGGUGACCUGCCCCAUCUCGCACAGCCUGGUGGUCCAGCCGGUCGUCGCCGAGGACGGCCAAGUCUACGAGCGCGAGCGCAUCGAGACGUGGCUGCAGAAGAAGGAGACCUCGCCGUUCACGCGGAAGCCGAUGGGCACGCAGCUCGUCGACAGCGUGGCGAGUCGCAGCAUCGUAUCCUCCGCGAUCGAGAACGGCCUCGUCGACGCCGAGGCGGCGACCGCGUGGCACCUCGGUUCCGCCCGGCUCAAGAUAAUCGAGAAGCUGCCGGGCGGCCUCGACGCGGCCAAGGAGCACCUCGAUGCGGCGGCAAAGUCGCCCGAGCGGGAGAUGCUCCUGAAGGCGUUCAAGCUCCGCGAGCAGGUCAAAAAGUUCGGCGACGAGGCGGCCGCGCUGGGCCUCGGCAGCGAGGUCGAGCGGCUCCUACAGUACAAGCCGUCCGGGUCCCUCGCGGGCCGGCCCAUGACCGAGUGGCGCGACGACCUCGUGGAGGGCCAGUCGGUGAUCCGCGUCAUCGACGACGUCGACGAGCUGGAGCAUCUCUGCGAGCGCCUGGCUCCGGGCGCGGAAGAAGACGUGGGCUGGAACGAGGAUAUGCGGCAUUUAUGUGGUCGGGAGUGUGUCAUCGACUGCUUGAACGACGAAUGCCGCGCGUACGGCGUCGAUGAUGACUACCUGGUCCCGUUCGACGCCUGCAUUCUCGUCAGAGUGUGAUGUGUCUCUUCUCCUCGGUGGGCCCCAACGCGCGCCUAAGAAGUUCCGUGAC